UACCUCCUCUCUCUCUCUCUCUCUCUCUCUCUCCUAUCUUUCUCCUUAAAUUGGUGGUAAGCCCACGCUCAACCUUGCACCAAGAACGAAACAAAGAAAUAUUGCACGUUUUAAAGAGAGGCUGAUCAGGUCAAUCGAUCCAUCUAUUCUUCAACCUCUCCACGGUUUCAUAUAUCUUGAUGGAAGAAUACUACAAGAGAAGUCAUGUUCCGGCUUUUGGGAGCUGGGAUUGGAACGAUGACCUUCCAUUCACUCAGUGCUUUGAGUCAGCGAGGCAGGCCGGGUUGCUUCGUUAUAGCUACUCUGAAGAGCGUGAUUUGUAUGUUGCUGGUGACUUGUACGACAAUAAUGUCGUCACCCCUGCCAUGAUUGUUGUUCCUCGCCGAAGGACAAAAGUUCGUGAGCCCAAAGAAGACAAAAAGAAAAGCUGGGUCAGUGCUGACGUGGAGGAACCACCUGCAAGUCCCACUCCUUUGCCGAGGCCAACCCCGAAACCUGUGGACGAAGACUUGUACAAAAUCUCACCCGAGCUCCUUUAUGCAAAACCCAGAAAGCAGAAGAGAGGGUUGAGGUUGUUCUUUACAAGCUGCUUGCUGCCUACUUGUGUUGCGUGAAAAGAUGCCAGAAGACUUAAAAGGACUGUGUACAUAUGAGAGAGAGAGGAUUAAUAGAAGAUAUAGUAUUUUAAUACUUAUGGUGGUGUCUAUGUAUUUGUGGAAUUAUUAUUUUGAUGGAUAUUGUCGGAGGUGAAUGUCGGUCCAAAGAAGAUCAUUACUAUGAUCAUUUUAUAAUUAUGGGAAAAA